CCAGACUUCUAGAAGUUCUAUAGUGUGAGUAAGGUUUAGUGGAUCGGCAGCCGAUCGUGUGCGUUGCAGAAACGCAGGAAAUAGAACCUGAGUUACAGAACCACGUUGACAAGUAGUUUCUGUUUCGGUAGAACAAGUACGAAGAGCAUCUGUAGUUGUACUACUAAAAGAACACCAGCAGCAGUUGCAGUCCUCUCGCAGUGCUUCACUCACGAUCGCAUAGCUGCCCUGGAAGAGAACACUCGCAGAGCAGAAAGCUUCGUAUAGAUGCUAUUGCACUCGCCAACGAGCAGCAAGCCUACCGCAGAGUACUCAGGGUCCGCAUCGGGUGGGUCUGACAAAGUGGAACUGAUGUCCGUCGUGGACUCGCAGUCUUCCGGGAAUGAAGACGGGAACAGCAACAGUGGUACGGGAGCAUCCACCAAGCUGGACAAAAACCAAAUAAAAAACGCGAACAAGAAGGCCACGAAGGCUGCGGCGCAAAUGGCAGCACAGCAGGGCUGUAAGUAUGCACGGCAAAUAUGUCUGGGUCUGGACGAUUUGUUAUGCGGGAUCUCAAUGAUAGGCUUAAAGCAUAAGACGACCUGCACCUGUGACGGAUCCCAAUCCGUCUGUCAUGCUGGAAGCCACUUGUUCCUCAUGCGGAAAAACACGGAAGAACUCGCAAUAAAAACACCCGAAAAUAAGGAAUUUGUGAUCAUGCGUAGUUCAUGCCGUAAAGACAAGUGCGGCUUUGUCAUGCAAGAUGCAGCAUCAGAAGUCGCAUGCCUUUGUCCAGACACAGACACACUUCUUUCCUUUCAUACUACGUGCACCUUGACAAAUUGCGUCACCAAGCUGGUCGCUUUUUCCACCCGGGCGACGUGUUCGAGCAUCUUUUUUCCCUUCGUCUACUUUCCCAUCCUGUUCGCCUUAUCUCUGCACGUACUGUGGUUUGCGUACGACGUGAGGCUGUUUAUGAACUGCAAAAGCAUCGUACUAGUAUAAAUUGCAUUACAAAUUAACUUAGCAUUACAAAUUCAAUUUGUAAUGCGGAUUUGUUUUGACAAAAAAGAUUUGUAAUGCAUAGACGCAAUACUACGAUACUUUUGCAAUGCAUACUGUUCGCGAUUCGGCAAUACGGGUAUGUUAUCCACGAAUUUGACCCGUGGUUUAAUUUAUGGAUUGCAAAAAUAUCUUGGGCUGAAAAGUUGGAACUUGUGAUGCUGCAUUUGGAUUCUAAAAAAAUCUGUAUUGCGUGAGCAGCAAGGAGAGUCCAAUGUUUGCUACACGGAAAUAAGGGCAUUUCUCAUGCGGUAUAGGCAUCAGCAGGCCCUCACAAAAUCUGUGACGCUGUGGCAUGCAUCACAGACAGCAGGAGUCAUGCAAAAUGUGCAUGACAUCCUUCCAGACCCAGACAUAUUUGCAUUUGAUAUAAUUACCGUGCGACCGAGCACUUGGAAUUAGAGCUCCGAGCGAGCUACAAGCAGCUGGUAGCGGAAAAGAAGACCAACGGAACCGCCGCUGCCGCUGCGGCGGGAGCAGAGGCAGCGAAGGCAGGUAAAGAAGUUUUGACAUUAGGGUCGUUUGAGUUUGUAAAUGUUAUACACUGGUGUAGCUUAAGCAGCAGCAGUUGUGCAGAAUGAGGUGGUUUCUGAGCACAUCUUCGUGAAAGCAGCUACGUGUAGAACUAGAAGCUGACACCCCGGGACCAGUGGGAACAUGUGAUAUGAAAAAAAUGUUGAAUACACCGAAACUACAGAUGACUCGCAAGCCGGGCGCAACCAUUUUCUGGACGCUCAGGUGGUCGAUUUGGCUUCGGAUGACAUGUCUGCGGACGAGGAAGAAGCCGCGAAAAAAUCGUCAAACACGCUUUUAUCCGUCAUCAACCCGUAUCUACAGGAUACGUUUGCCUGGCGAUUGACGCGGAAGUACUUUGAUCUCAACGUCUGGCGCCAUGCGGUGGUGGAGCGGUAAGAGGAAGGAUUUUUUUGGAAAAUAGGCUGAUCUGUUUUUAUUUGUGGAAGAGCUGAUGAUGAUGAAUUUGAAUUGGUGAUGAGGCAUUUUUGAAACACUUCUGACAGAACUAUGGCAAGAACAAACAUUCGCCUAGGCCAGCUCCUGGUAGGUCGGUGCAAAAGUAGUAAGUAGACAUCUUGUUGCACCACAUCACAAAAUCGAAUUUCCUACCAGGUUCUUCAAGUGGUUCGACCACAUGGUGUGGUUUCCCCUUGGCCGCCCCGUCGGCACCACCAUCUACCCGGGGAUUAUCACAGGAAAAAAGUGUUUACUACAGUAUACACAUUUGUUGGAGUUUCUGCAUCACAAAGUUGCUCGACAUGGCUAAGAAAACCUGUGAUGCGCAGACUAUAAGGGAAAACACCAAUGAAAUGAGGCUGGCAAGCAUUUCCUGCAUGACAGAGGUUGUCUGUCUUGCUUGUCUCCCAUCAGAGUGUGUAACUGUAACACUUUUUUCUCACGAUAGGGAUGCAGCUAACCGCCGUCGCGAUGUACCGCACCUUGUAUGAAACGCAAAAGCAUGAGCAUCGUAUUAGUGGUAAUCGCAUUACAAAUUCGCUCAGCAUUACAAAGGGAAUUUCUCAUGCUGAUUUACCUCAAGAAAAAGAUUUGUGAUGCAGCUGCAUGACUGCAAAUGCAAUUACUUACGAGUGCGAUACUUUUGCACUGCAUACCUUGAAAGUGACGUCGAAAGUCGGCAAGCAACAGAGCGAGUAUCAAAUGUAAAAAUGUCUGGGUCUGGAAGGAUGUAACUUGUGAUGCGCAUUUCAGAACACACAAAAAUCUCUGAUGCAUAGGCAGCAAAGGCUGCUCACUUUCUGUCACCAAAAUGGGGGAUUUGUCAUGCGGAUUCGGCAUUGCGGAAGCCGAAGCUUCUCGAAACCUGUGAUGCUAGAGCUUCCAUGCCAGACCUUCUGUGUCAUGCAGAAACAGCAUGACUCUUCCAGACCCAGACAUUUUUACAUUUGAUAGCGAGCAGGUAAUUACGAAACUGCUCUCCGACGCUGAAGCGAGUAGUAAUUCCACAGCUCCUGCGGCUAUCAAAUGCAAAUAUGUCUGGGUCUGGAAACUUGUGAUGCUAGAAUGUGGAUGAUCGAAACAGUUCCAAACGCAACCUAGCAUGACAACUUUCCAGAACGCUUUCUCAUAAGCAAUCCGCAUGAGAAGCUCCGCGCUUGCAUGUGCAAAAGACGCUGCGACUUUUGUUGAUUAUGCAAUACAGAUUUCCUAGGUAUGGAAAGCUAGCAUUACAAGUUCCAACCUUCCAGACCCAGAGCCAGACGCGUUUGCAAUGCAUAACGGCCACGGGCGCGAAUGGCGAGCUGCUUGCAACAGCAGACGCGGAAGUAGAGCCGGAGCUGGAUCUGGUAUCCCGUUUCGUCAAAAACAUCCUCUACUCGUGCCGCACGGUGAAGGGCAAGCCGCGCAACUGCAUCUUGCGGUACCAAAAAAUCUUCAAGCGCGUCUACGCCUCCACGUCGCCUUUGUGGGGCGAGACCGCUGGGGAAAAGUCGAAAAAGGGAAAGGGGAAGGGACAGAAGACGGAACCGCAGACCGCGGAUCUGCAGUGGCGCCCGGACCGCUUGUUCGGGUGGGCGGUGGAACAGACCGUCGUAUCCUCUGUAAAAGUAUCGUACUCGUAUAAAUGCAAGUCUUGCAUUACGAAUCUUUUUCUUAAGGUAAAUCCGCAAUACAGAUUUUAUCUCUCAUGCUAAGGAAAUUUGUAAUGCAUUUAUACGAGUACGAUACUUUUGCAGUUCAUACGUCGGGGUGUCCAACGAUACCGUCGUCGCCUAUUUGGACGCAGGCUACACGGUUUUGGAGUCGGCGGUGUAUCCGAUUUUUUCCGCAGUCCUCGGCUCGUCUGAGAGCAGCUCUUCCGAUAAGAAAGCUGCAGCGACACUGUAUUUCAACAGGUUUCUCCAGUCCGCGUUUUUGGAACAGCUCGCCACCAAAUUUCUCGGAUUCUCGAACAAAUCGUGGAAGGAGUACACGAAGCAGGCCCAAAAGGAGUACAAGAAAGCAUACCAGACGAUCAGCAAGUCGGUCUCCACGAAUUUCGCUUACCUCGUGUACGAAGCUAUCCAGGAAAAAAACUGUGUAACUGUAACUUUGUAAUGCAGAAUAUGCAACAGUAGAGUUACGCCUGUCAUGCCAGACAACCACGAAGUCCUCUUUUCAUGUGUGUUUUCCCUUACAAGCGACGCAUGACGAUGACAGGUUUUCGCUGUCAUGUAGAGCACAUUUGUGAUGUUGUCAGCCAAGGAGAGCUACACUAACACAGUUUUUUUCUUGGAUAGAAGCCCCGCAGCGGUUACUCGCCACCUUCACCUACAACUGGACGCUGACGCAGGUCGCGUGCCAUCUGCCUGCGUUUUUUGGGUCGAUCGCAACUCUGUUCGUCGGCCUGCUGGCCGCAGAGGCCGUCGCACAGCCGGUCGCGCACUACGACUACUUUCGGUUCAUCAGCAAAGCGGCCACUUAUGAAUUGCAAAUAUGUCUGGGUCUGGAAGAUUCUGAGACUUGUCAUGCACGUCUUGCGUGAGCCAUGAGCUCUGGAGUGCACGACCUGGCAUGACAGAUUCUUUGAAGUUCCUGCCAUGCCUUUCCUGCAUGAGAAACUCCCUCUCAAUUUGGUCAAAAGCGGACAGCUUUUGGUACUCACGAAACACAGAUUUUUGCAUCAUUCUGAUUUAGCAUGACAAGUUUUAAUCUUCCAGACCCAGACUGACACAUUUGCACUCGAUACCACUGCGCUGUCCGCCAUGUUCUUCAUGUCGGUGAUUCCAGCGCACGCGCAGCGGUCCGUCGGCGGCGGCUUUGACAACGAGUGCAUUGCUACGACAGGACACAACUCCCCCUUCCCCUCAUUUGUCAUGCAAAACCGCAAAUCCAGUCGCUUCCUUGUGGCACUGUUUGCAUGAUAAAUUCCGGAAGCCCAAACAGUACUACAUUAGGCACACAAACUUGUCAUGCAGAGGCUCCACUUGUGGUGGUGUUUGUAUUGCUCGUCAUGCUAUAAAUACAGAUGAGGGGGAGGGGGAGUUGUGCACUCUCAUAAUUGCCAUCGCCCCCAUGGUGGCCUGCGGCUUCUUCUGGUGCCUGGCGCUCCGGAACAUCGAGACCCCAACCAAGGUCAACACCUACUCUGCCUUCGUGCAACGCUUGCUCUCCGCUUUCCUCGCCGGCUGCAGUCACGCCUUCAUGGCCGCUGGGUGGGGCGGGUACGUCUUCCUGAUCAACCUGGUGGGCAUGCACGCGGCUCUGUUGUUUUUGCUGGAGCGCAUCCGCAUGUACGGGACCAGCUGCUUGCAGAACUCGGACACGCAACUCCCGACCAACGGCACCUGGAAGGCACUGUACGAGGCCUACACGCUCUUCUUCAUUGUCGCCUACCCUGCGUAAAAACGACGUCCCGAACUACCCAAAGUUGUCAAGAUGGAAAGUUAGCAACACAAAUCAACAAGGUUUGGCUGUUGCGCAUGACAAGGUCUUUGGGAUGAUCGCAGUUUAAAAAUCCUGUGUAGCUAGUGCAGCCGCACGAGAAAUCGACAAGCUCAUCCUGAUUCUAGCAUGACAAACUCCCGAGGAUGAGGAUUAGAAAACGCCUAUCAUGUGGCUGCGCAUGACAAACGUUUUAGGCAUGCAGAUUUGCAUAAGUAACAACUCUAGAGUCGUGGCGAAGUUUUUGCACGGGAUAUCGCCACCUACGGUGCCAUGCUCACCCCGGUGGUCCACUGGGCGCCCUUGUGUAGUUUGGAACAGGUGUUGCCUUUAGCGGUGUUUGUGUUGUUCCAACUAGUGAAGUUCUUCGACAGCUCCUUGAUGCAGAACGUGCUUUUGCCCCUAUUGACGUAUGAGAGUGCACAACGAACUCCCCCACCUCCCUUCAUUUGUAUUGCAUGAACAGCAAUACGAACACCAGCACACGUGGAGCCUGUGCAUGACAGAUUCAUGCAGUUCUAGUGUAGUGCUGUUAUUUGGGCUCCUUCCGGAAUCUAUCAUGCAGACAGUGCCACAGGGAAGAAGCACUUGCAUUUGGGGUUUGCAUGACAAACGAGUGGGACGAGAUGGAGUUGUUGUGCACUCUCAUACAACGGAGAAGUUCAGCAAGAACCUCGCGAGGUUUUUCAGCAAGAAGAAUGUCAUCCGCGCGAUGAGCACGAACGUCGUCCUCCUCGGCAUCGUUGCGGUUGCGCUGAUCAGUUACGACAUUGAGAACUCGGUGCUGUUGAAGAUUUUGGAGAAGUUCAUGGACCCCCUGUCCGGGCGGGUCAAAGCGUUGUUCGGCGCGCACGCCACGAAAACCGGAAACCCUUUGAUUGAUUCCGUGUCCGAGCACCAACCGGGCAACCCGGCGGCUUUGUGGCGCAUGCUGGACCGCACCAUGUACCUGGCCCCGGUCGGGGUGGGCUUUCUUCUCUUCGACGUCGUGUGCCUCAUGUUCAGCUACCUUUUCGCCGCCUUGGCCAGGAAUGGGAGAAAACCCACGGUGCUGGCAAAUUGGUUGGAUAGGAAAGUGAAACAACUCAAAAGUGGCAGCUUCACAUCUGUCGAGAAGUCCUCUUCAAGUUGUGAGCCACCGGCGGCGGCGGUGCCGAGUACGCUGAAGGCCUACACCGACUCUCUGUUCGGCUUGUCUGAGCAAACUCCCGUGGCCAUAUCACGGGAAAAAAGUGAAAGUGUUACAGUUACACAUUGGUUGUAAUUUCAGCAUCACAAAGUUGCUCUGCAUGGCAAAAAAGCCUUGUAAUGCGCAGACUAUACGAGAAAACACGAAGGAAAUAAGGCUGGGAAGCAUUUCCUGCAUGACAGAGGUUGUUUGUCUUGCUGGUCUUGCAUCAGAGUGUGCACCUGUAACACUUUUUUCUCGCGAUAGGCCACCGCGGGUCUCUACUGCAUGAUUUUUGGGAUCGCUACCUACGCGUUCGCGUUGAAGAUGGCACGGUAUGAGAGUGCACAACUCGUCCCCCUCCCCGUCAUUCGUAAUGCAUGAACAGCAAUACAAACACCAGCACACGUGGAGCCUGCGCAUGACAAAUUCUAGUUCAUUCGCCUAGUGUAAUACUGUUUGGACAACUUCCGGAACCUGUCAUGCAAACAGUGCCAAAGAGAAGCACUUGGAUUUGGAGUUUUGCAUGACAAAUGAGGGGGAGCAGGGGGAGUUGUGCACUUUCAUACGCGGCUCAUGAUCUUUCUCGGCCCCACCGCACCGCUCUUGUCCGCCAUCGCAGUCGUAUGAACUGCAAAAGUGUCUGGGUCUGGAAACUUGUGAUGCUGUUUCGCGAGUCGUGUGCUGGACGCCUUCAUUGACAGCCAAGCAUGACAAGUUUUGGAGUUGCUGAAGUGUUGCCUAUCUGCAUGACAAACUGCGUUUCUGCAUGACGCGCGCAUGACAGACUUGAGAGCCAUGCUAGCUGUGCAUGACAAACCCUGCAUUCUUCCAGACCCAGACAUAUUUGCAUUUGAUAAGUCGGGCGCGUUUGCCAGUGGAUUCUCGCCCCGUUUCGCUACUUGACGGUGAAGGAACACCUGUAUGAGAGUGCACAACUCCCGCUCCCCCUCAUGAUUCGUAAUGCAAUACUUCUCCCAAAUCUUCCAGUUGCUCUUGCUGCCUUGUGGCCCUGUCUGCAAUACAAAUUCUGGAAGUCCGAGCAGUACUACACCCAGCGCAUGAGAAAUUUGUAAAUGCGCAGCGUCCACCACAUGUAUUUGUGUUUGUGUUGCUGUUCAUUCCAUGCAAAAAUAAGGGGAAAGGGAAUUGUGUAGUUUCAUAACCUGCUCGGCUACGACAAGAAGGCGGCGACCAUUUUCGCUAACAGCACCGGCGUAUGCAUUGCAAAUAUACCUGGGUCUGGAAGGUUGCAAGUUGUGAUGCUGUCUCUGGAUUCUAAAAAGAUCUGUUUUGCAUGACCAGCAAGAGGAGUCCAAUUUGUGCCUUGUGGGAUCGACAUUUCUCAUGCAGGAUAGGCAUCACAAAGGACUCAGAAAAUCUGUGAUGCUAUGACACACAUCAGAGAGGACAUCAUGAGUCAUGUAAAGUGUGCAUCACAAACGUUGCACUUUUACAGACUCAGACGUAUUUGCAGGCGAUACGGCGCCUUUUACCGAGCGGAGCCGAACUCUUCCUUGGCGAUCGAAGAUAGCUCGAGAGAGGACGUCGAUAAGGCCGCGAAAACCCCGCCGCCAGUUGCGAAGAAGGACAGAAACGAGACCCCACUGAAGGGAAAGAAGGAGGGUGCUGCAGCUUCCUCUUCUAGCACUGGUGGCACAACGACUAGUAUCCAUCGGAACUCUAGUACAAUACCUCACAGGACGAGGACGUGGAAGGACCACAUGAGAAAACUUUUGCCCAACCGCAUCUAGCAUCACAAGUUUCGACGUGUCCAUUGAUUCAUCAAGUUCGCAAAUUUUUUUGUGAUGCAUCUACUCCUACAUCUACUUGCCUACUUCUUGUACGUCUACUUCUACGGAGGUAAAUUUGUAUUGCAUAACGACGAAGCUGGGUCCUCUCUCCACGAUCAGCAGAACAGGGGCCUCUAGUAGCAGUCCCUCCUCCUCGUCCGCGAAGAGACUACCAUUUCAAGCGGCAAUAUCAAAGAAAAAAAGUUCGUCACGAUCACUCAUGCGCAUUCUUGCAAUAGAAAAUUGUUUCUCAUGCUUAAAAAUGCAUCACAGCCAAACUUCAUUAGGGAUUUCCCUAGUGUUUCUGCAAUACAAGGAAAGUUUGUGAUGCUGAGAAAAUUUGUAAUGCAAAGCCUGCAAGUUAGUGACUGUGACGAACUUUUUUCUCUCCAUAGGCAACGCUUUCGCUCCUCUCGGUACGGGCACUGGUCACGAUUCUGAUGGUGUUCCGCUACGGGUUAUCAACUGUAAAAAUGUCUGGGUCUGGAAGAAUCCAACUUGUCAUGCUGAUUUUGGAUUCUAAAAAAAUCUGUAUUGCAUGAGCAGCAAAGAGAGUCCAAGUUUCGCUAGUACACGGAAAGAGCAUUUGUCAUGCGGUAUAGGCAUCAGCAGGAAGCCCUCACAAAAUCUGUGAUGUUGCUAGGGCAUGCAUCACAGACAUCAGGAGUCAUGCAAAAUGUGCAUGACAAACCUGGCAAUCUUCCAGACCCAGACAUUUUUACAUUUGACACGGGUUCCCGAGUCACAUGGAGCAUUUUUUAUGAGAGUGGUCACCUCCGCCCCCCUCCCCCUCGUUUGUCAUGCAAAAACCCCAAUUCCAGUCGCUGCCCUGUGCCACUUUUUGCAUAGCAAAUUAUUCCGGAAGGGGAAGCCGAAGCAGCACUAUCAUUAUCCUGUGAGCUGCAGUAGAAUUUGUCAUGCCAAAGCUGCAUUUCCGCCGGCGCUUGUGUUGCUGUUUCUACCAUGAUGUGAAUGAGGGGGAGGAGGAGGAGUUGUCCACUUUCACAUUUCCUCGGUGCAGGCUACAACAUGAUCCAGUACGGGUUGUCCCACCCACAGAUCUAUCCUGUGCAAAAGUAUCGUACUCGUACUAAUCGCAUUUAUGCAUUACAAAUUUUUUUGUCAAGUCAAAUCCGCAUUACAGAUUCCAUUUGUCAUGCUGGCCGAAUUUGUGAUGCGAUUUCUACUAGUACGAUGCUUUUGCAAUGCAUAAGAUCGUCUCGACACUGCAGGACGGCACGCUGAAGGACGAUUACCGAGAGGCAUACCUGUGGAUCCGAGACAAUACCAAGGAGGACGCAAGGAUCUUGUCGUGGUAAUUGAUGAACAUUGAUUUUUGAAUACAAAUCAAUUGCAAGGAAGUGCGUGAAUCUGUCAUGCACGAUUGACAAAAAGGUAUCUGUUCUUUUUCGAUGCCGCGCAUGACAAAAAUUCUUGGUGAAAAAAUCGUUCUCAGGUGGGACUACGGGUACCAGCUGGCCGGUAUCUCCAAGCGUGUCACAGUCGCCGAUGGCAACACGUGGAACCACGAGCACCUCGCUUUUUAUGCAUUGCAAAUAUGUCUGGGUCUGGACCUGGAAGAGUGUCAACUGGUGAUGCACAAUCAUCUGGAUCACUGAAAAAGUUGUGUUGCAUGAGCACCAAAAGCUGCGUCGCAAGUGGGGAAUUUAUCAUGCGGAACAGGCAUGAUCAAGAGCAAGAGGCCGGUGCAAAUCUUGUAGAUGCUGACGCGUGCAGAAUUAGAGGCCACCUGUGCGAUCCAGAAAUAAAUGCAUGACAAACAUUUCGUAACCUUCCACAGCCAGUAGACCACAUAUUUGCAGUGGAUACGUCUCUGGGAAUGACCAUCACCUCCCCCGUCGAGGAGUCUCACAUUAUCAUGCGGCACUGGGCGGACUACGUGUUGGUUUGGUGUGAUGACGAUCUCUCAAAAGCCACCCACAUGGCUCGCAUCGCAAACUCGGUCUACAAGGGGCACUGCUACGACAAGAUGUGCUGGCAAUUCGGGUGGGAGGGCCACGGGCAGCCCUCGAAAAUGAUGGCCAAUUCCUUCGUGUACCACGCUACCACCGGGUACCGCGACGGCGAUCCGGAGUUCGCGGGGCGGUACAAAAUCGUGUUUCAGUCCAAGCACGCCGCGGUCCGGAUUUUCAAAAUCGCCAAGGCCAGCCAGAUAUGCUGUGCAAAAGUAUCGUACUGUUCGUUGUAGUCGCAAUUAUGCCUGACAUGUUAAGGUAAAUCCGCAUUACAAAUUCAAUGCUGAGCCAAUUUGUGUUGCGAUUUAUAGUUAUACUAGUACGAAGAUACUUUUGCAAUGCAUACCAGAAAUCGAAGCGGCUAGGUUUCGACCCGAAGAUAUCAUUUGUAAAAACGUCCCCACACCAUAGUCAAGAUGGGGAUUUUGCAACACAAACCUAGACCUUUUGGGAGUCACGCAUGACAAGUUGCAGACUGUAGUGUAGUGCAGCUUAGCAAGGGACGCCGCAUAACAAAUCCGUCUCCUUAUCCUGUUUACAGCAUUACAAGUUCCAAAACACGAUGGGCAAUGUCUCUCAUGGGGAUGCGCAUUACAAAUGCUCUUGCGCUUGCAAAUCUGCAUGACAACUCUGGUGUGGGUACGUUUUUACAUAGGAUAGAAGAGGUGGCAGUGCGACUCGGAGGGCUCCUGGUAUUGUCCGGGGGACUACGCGUAUGCAAGAAAAAAACUGUGUAAGUGUAAAUCUGUGAUGCAGAAAAUGCCAAACAGUUACACUUGUCAUGCUCGCCAUGCAUGGCCGGCUCGCUUCCUAUGUGCUUUCCCUUUGUAUCUGCGCAUAACAAGUUUGUCCUGUCAUGGGAGACAAACUUGUGAUGCUGUUUUCCCAAAAGACUUACACUAACACAGUUUUGUUCCUGGAUAACGCGGGGCAGCUCGCGAAAUUGCGGGAAAUCGGGUUUUAUGCCAUGCAAGAGUCGUACUAUGUAUCGUAGCACUCGUUGGGAAAAUUGGACGUGUUUAUAUAGCAAACUGAAACUCAAACUUUUGCGGAUGAAGCAAAAAUGGCACUUCCAUGGAACUUGCCCUGGAGAUGAGCCAGAUUGAUAGCAGGACAACAAAAACAAAUUUUGAUGUGAUGCACCAUGGUUCUUGUUGCAAUUAAAUACUUACAUACUACGAGCAGUGCGACAUACAACUUUUGCAGUGGACAAAUAUCACGGAUUUGGCUGGACCAUCACGGGCGCCAAAGCGGAGGAAUCGAAGAAGUUUACCGUGACGACCACAACCACGGUGGCCGGGCAGAAAGACGAGGACGAAGAGGAUGAUGAAGACGCCAAGGGCAAGGGCAAGGGUGCCGAAGUAAAAAAGAAACUGAAGGAGGAAUUGGGACGGUAUAAUUUUACGUUAUUGAUGCGAACGGGAAUCUCAUGAAACGGAAACGAACAUCGACACGAGCACGUUGCUUGUUCGGACGCAUGACAGAUUGCGCGGCAUUCUUUACAGCUUGGAGGAUAAGUACGCAAUACACUUUUCUUUCUCGUGAUUCAUCCAUCAGGUAUUUCUCGCUCUAUCACGACCGUGUCUCCGGGAACCUCGCGCUCGGGCCCCAACCCAACGGCAAGCUCCUGCCCGGAGGCUCUUACCUGACGACCUCUGACGGCUGCAAGCUGGUCGAGGGCCGGGGCGACGGAAAAACGGAGCUGCAGAAGAUGCUCGGGAUCAAGAAGACCCUCCUCGUCUGCACGCACUGCGAGUCUCGACCCGGACACUUGCCCAGGCAGUCGAAUUUGGAACUCAGUGGCUGCCCGUUGCUGUUGGUACUAUGAUUUUUGUGACGACGAGUUGAUAUAGGUGGAGCAGCUAAGGGGUGAAGAGAAGUUUUUCUUUGAUGUGCACUGUAGUUCGUAUUCUAUUUGAGUACAACAGAGAUAGAGAACCAGUAUUAGUAGCAUGACAAAAAAAAAUGUGCAUGCCCGCGAUCUAUUUUCAUCCUCUUCCUUAGCGGGUUCAAAUUUAAAAAAAAAAAAUACAGGACGCCGUGAAAAUUGCAAAGAAGCAGGGUGUGGACGUAAAAGACAAAGAGUGGAUUAAAACCACCCUGAAAACUUUAGAAGUGGACAACAUUGCGGGCCAGCUGCGCUGCCGAGCCAGACCACAUGGAGCUGGUAACUUUUGAGCGUUGUUCCGAUACAGUUACAGAGAUCAAAGUGGUGGCUUCUUCCCAAAAAUAUCUUGAUCAGUUAUUCAUCGGAAUUCGCUAGAUAUAGAGUUUUCACUCAGAACGGAAGUCCCUCUGAGCGGCACUGGUAGUACGUGUGGAUCAAUCAUGAUGAAAGAUCAAUCUGAAUUUUUUGUCCAGGUAUCCCGCCUGGCGGCUACCAAGGGUCGUGUGUCACUUGCACCCUGAAGAACAGCCAGAAAGACUUGCACUGCGAGGAGUGCGCGAAAUCUGAUGGGACCAGGUCGUCAUAUGGAAGCGUCAGGAUCGAAGUCGAUAAAGUCGAAAUAAUCUGUAAUGCACGAAAUGCAAGGCACGAAAUGAAGCCUUGCAGGGACUGCAAGUGAGGCCGAUUGCAAGCCUCCUUGGGGUCGUUUGGGAUACAGCUGCUAAAGUAGCAUGACAAAGGAUGCCGUCUUUCGCUAAACAGCAUGACAAACUGGAUUUCGAUGACGCCGAAAUUUGUCAUGCGCCGCUUGGAAAGUGGGCUUCCUACUGGUAUCAAUUUUGGGCAUCACAAAUUUUUUGAUCUUGUCGCUUUCGAUUCUGACCUUUCCAUACGUCAAAUGUGAAAUUUACCGACAUCUGGAACAAGUGCCAGGGCAGCGAUAUGAAGUGCAAAAGUAUCGUGCUAGCAGUAAUUGCAUUACAAAUUAUUAGCUCAGCAUUUACAGUCAAAUUGAAUUUGUACUAAUGCUGAUUUCCCUUGAGAAAGAUAACUGCUCAUGCAUGAGUGCGAUUAGUACGAGUGCGAUACUUUUGCACAGGAUAAACAACAAGGAGCUGCAAAACCACGACGGAAAGAUAGUGUGCGGGAGCAAGCUAUGCAAUACAAAUCUACCACCGUACUACAUUUGUAAAGCACGUACAAACUGCACGAGGUGAUGAAAUUGUCCAGAUCUAGUAGAAGCGGAGGGAGUAGAUGAUCAUGAUGGCCAGCCCUCUUGCAUCAACAAGAAUGAUGCGAAAAUGAAAUACAGAACGAGGCCCAGCUCGCAGUAGAGAUUAUUUAGGAGAAUUAGCAUGAUGCAAGAACUGAAUGCAGUUUGAUGUACCUACUCCGUGUAGUUCGGUCGUGAGUUGUUUCUUCCUGUGGAUAAUCGCGGGAAUCGGCGCGAAGGCGUGGCACUCUGAACCGUAUGGCGGACGGACCGGGAGAGUGGAGUAAUAUGCUAGGGGAAACCCUGGAAAGCAUGGGGAAAUACUAGAUGAUAAUGAAGAAAAAAGCAGACAUACAGAAAAGAAACGUAAAUGUAUAUCAAAGACGGAGGAGAUAGUACAGGUACGUAGUCCCAGCGGUUUUACGCCGUGGUAUCCGAGUCAUUUGUUAGAGAUAUUUUUUUUUUACCACUACUAGUAACGACCAAUGACGUCACAAGCAAAUUAAUUUUUUCUAGAAAGAAUGCACAAAAUAAAUGAUCGACCGGGAGCACGUUAUGACAGAAGUUUCAACCACCUGUCGACCGCACAAGGGUCGCUUUGUCGUUUAGAUUUACUGUACUCCCAGGGAACAAGACAAAAACGAACUCCGACCACUUCACUAUUGAUAUUUUCCCUGAUGAACCAAUGCUGGAAUAAUGUAUGUGCGGUACUACGAGCAGGUAGUCUUUGUUGAGACAAAAAUGCCAACAUAGAAGUUUCACAAUCACCACGACAGUCGGAGCACGCUGCGUGCAACUAAAUGCAUCGGAGCACGCUGCGUGCAACUAAAUGCAGCUAGAAGUAGAAGACGAAGAGGUCCUCGGCGCAGCAGCCUCUCGAGAGGAAAGCUGCCUCCACGACCUGGUCGUGCGACCAUUUUUAUCUUGUGCAAGAAGUACUACGCCAAUUCCGGCGGAGGUACUUACUACGUACUGCAUGGGCCGCUCGUCGUGGUACCGGCACAAGCAGAACACUUUUACGAACUAUUUCAAAUUGAUAUGGUGAUUUCUUUUUCUUUUUCUCGUCAAACAACUACCACUGCAGGAGGUGCAUCCCUACGGCCUGGUUUUGGGGUCGAAAAUGUCUUUUCAUUGCCACUUUUUUUUCAACGAGUACAAACAUUAUACACCAAUUUGUUCACAUCUAGUUUUUGCGACUUCGAAGAAAAUAUGUGAAAAUAAACAGCUGACAAUGACAUCGGAUUCCGAUUCAGAUAUGGCAUUUUUUGUAGGACAUUUUGUUUUUGUACGUAUCCAUGAGACACCUGUUUGGAGAUUUUCGGAAGCUUUUUCAGCGGAAAAAGUAAACUAUGUUUGUUGUGGAACAUCAUGGUGAUGGUGUGCUGCUGCCAGAGGAUCGAUCUAUAUCUUGACGAAAACACGAUGAUAUGGCGCCGUUGAUGCUGCAGACAGCACGGCGGUGGUCAUAAUAGUUUAAGCGGCUACAUG